GUGUUCGUAAGACUUUUGGAAAUGUCGGCUUCCCUUAGAUUGCCGUAUACCUUAAGAUUGGGGAAAAGAUCGCUUUCUCUCGCAAGAGCGAAAAUUUACAAAGACAAUAAUUGUUAUGCACUAUGUCGAAAGAAUUUCUCAACAUUAUACAGCCAAAGAAGAUUAUUGUCGUUAGAAGCUACAUCAGCGAAGCCUGUAGAUACGGAUGAUCAUGGCAUAAUAAAGAAUACGGAAAAAGCAACAGGUGAAACUGUAAAACAUGAAUUUCAGUCGGAAACUCGGAUGCUUUUAAAUAUUGUUGCCAAGUCUCUAUAUUCCGAUAAAGAGGUUUUUAUAAGAGAAUUAAUAUCCAAUGCUAGCGACGCUUUGGAAAAAUUACGUUACUUAAGAUUAUCUGAAAAUUUAUCUAUGGAUGAGGGUGGAGAUCGUAAUUUAGAAAUUCAUAUUGCUACGAAUAAACAAGAUCGUUUAUUAAUAAUUCAAGAUACAGGAAUUGGCUUAACGAAAGAUGACUUGAUAUCAAAUUUAGGAACAAUCGCUCGCUCUGGUUCGAAAACAUUCUUAGAGCAAUUGGAGAAAAAACAAAAUCCAAGCGACGCAUCUAAAAUUAUUGGACAGUUUGGAGUUGGAUUUUAUAGUGCUUUUAUGGUUGCUGAUAAAGUAGAAGUUUUUACAAAAUCGUAUAAAAAUAAUUCUGAGGGUCUCUAUUGGGUUUCCGAUGGUUCUGGCUCUUAUGAAAUUGCAAACGCAGAAGGUGUACAACCGGGCACGAAAAUUGUACUACACUUACGUAAUGAUUGUCGAGAAUUCAGCGACGAUGCUAAUGUAAAUGGUAUUAUUCAAAAGUAUAGUAAUUUCGUUGGAAGCCCAAUAUUCUUAAAUGGAAAACGCGCAAAUACCAUUGAGGCGAUAUGGAUGCUCGACCCAAAGGAUGUUACUCCUGAACAGCAUCUUCAAUUUUAUCGCUUCAUUGGAAAUUGUUAUGACGAGCAAAGAUUCACAUUGCACUAUACGACCGAUGCUCCCGUAAGUAUAAGAGCUUUACUAUAUUUUCCAGAAGGAAAACCAGGACUAUUCGAAGCGACUAGAGACGGUACUCCAGGAGUAGCACUAUAUAGUCGAAAAGUCUUAAUUCAGAAUAAAGCUGAAAAUAUUUUACCGAAAUUUCUUAGAUUCAUUAAAGGCGUUGUUGAUUCCGAAGACAUUCCAUUAAACUUGAGUAGAGAAUUGCUGCAAAACAGUGCACUAAUUACAAAGUUGAGAAAUGUUUUAACUACGCGAAUCAUACGAUUUUUACAAGACCAAGCCAAAAAGCAACCCGAAGAGUUUUUAAAAUUUUAUAAUCACUACAAUGCCUUCUUUAAAGAAGGAAUUAUAACGACUCCCGAUGAUACUGGAAAGGAAGAAAUAAGUAAACUUUUACGAUUUGAGUCUUCCAUUAAGAAAGCUGGAGAAAUAACUAGUCUGCCAGAAUAUUGUGAAAGGUUCGCAAAAGAUCAAAAAUAUAUUUAUUAUCUGGCAGCCCCAAGCCGAAUCUUAGCUGAACAAUCACCGUACUUCGAGUCAUUCAAAAAUUCUAAUUUAGAAGUAUUAUUCUGCCUCGAUCCCUACGAUGAGCUUGUUUUAAUGAAUUUAAAAAGGUUUAAAGCAUUUGACAUUAUAUCCGUUGAAAAAGAUAUGCACCAGACCGCAGAUACCAAAGAAAAGGAUACAUCAGUACUGUUUAAUGAACAAGAAAUCAAUGACGUUAUUAGUUACAUGAAAACAAUUUUAAAAAAUAAAGCUCAUGAAAUUAAAACAACCAAUCGACUUGAAUUUCAUCCUUGCGUCGUGACAGUCCAAGAUAUGGCAUCGGCAAGACAUUUUAUUCGCACCCAAAGUCACCAAUUCGAUGAUAAUUUGCGAUAUAGUCUGCUUCAGCCACGUUUAGAAAUCAAUCCCAAUCAUCCGUUAAUAAAACAUCUUAUAAAAUUAAAGUCCUCCGAUGAAGAAAUUGCUAGUCUUUUGACGCAGCAGCUGUUUAUGAAUGCAAUGGUUACUGCUGGUUUAAUAGAGGAUACUUGCAGUUCGUUGAUAACAAUGAAUCAACUUAUAACUCUGAUUUUAGAAAAAAAAACAAAGUAAAUAUUUGACGUUAAGCGACAUGUAUUGAUUAAUCAUAUAUUUUGUAAAUAUUUUCACGUACUGCACAACUAUUAUUAUUUUUUGUAU